ACGUACAUGUAAUUAAUUACUUGUUGAUGAUUUUUAAGAAAAAAAAACUCACUUAUAUUAAUUAUAGCAUUGUCUGUUUUAUGCUAUAUAUAUCUUUGUUUGUAACAACACUUGUGACUUGAUGAGAAACCGAAUCCAAUCUCCCUACUACAUAUACUCUUUGCAAACAAACUACGGAGUAGUUUUUUUGUCUUGUUUGGUUAUAUUUUGUUAUAUAUGUCUUUCUUCUUCCAAAUAAUUAUGCAAGCUAAGGAUACUGAGGAGAAAGGCGGUGUUAAUACACUGUUCCGGCUUGUUAAGGUGCGUGAGAGGAAGGCCCGAUAUCUGGACCACGUGAGAUGUGUGAAGGGGAGCAAUGGUAGAGUGUUAGUUGAGACUGCCAAAGUGGCUAAUUAUAAGCGCUGGGGGGAGUACUUUUGUGAACUCUUAAAUGCGGGAGGAGACCAGAGGCUAGUUCUUGAUGAGCUGGGGCAGUCCGGGGCGUCUCGGGUGUAUUGUCGACGCAUUUGCCUAAGAGAGGUGGUUCGGGCUCUUCGAGGGAUGCGUAGUGGGAGAGCUUUGGGACCAGAUGAGAUUCCGGUGGAGUUUUGGAAGCAUGCGGGUUGUGGUGCGUGGGUUUGGUUAACCAAACUCUUCAAUGUUAUCUUUCGGACAACAAGGAUGCCUGAUGAGUGGAGGGAGAGUCUCUUGGUCCCCUUGUUUAAAGGUAAAGAUGACAUUCAGAGCUGCGAGAUAUACAGAGGCAUCAAACUCCUUAGCCACACCAUGAAGGUUUGGGAGCGAGUCAUUGAGUAUAGGGUGCGGAAAGGGGUAUGCAUCUCUGAGAACCAGUUUGGUUUCAUGCCUGACAGAUCGACUGCAGAGGCCAUUCACCUCGUGAGGAGGUUAAUGGAAGAGUAUAGGGCUAGGAAGAAGGACCUUCAUAUGUUGUUUAUUGAUCUUGGGAAGGCGUACGAUAGGGUGCCAAGGGAGGUCUUAUGGAGGUGCCUAGAGACGAGAAGAGUUCCCAUCGCGUACACUCGCGAGAUCAAGGAUAUGUACAAUGGGGCUAUGACUAGGGUAAGGACCUCCGGGGGCGACUCUGAGUCAUUCUCGGUAGGGAUGGGGUUGCACCAGGGAUUUGCCCUUAGCCUUUUUUUGUUCGCUUUGGUGAUGGACGUCCCGACUCAAGGUGUUCAAGAAGGGGUCCCAUGGUGCAUGCUUUUCGUGGAUGAUAUCGUGCUUAUCGACGACACACGUGAGGGACUAAACGAUAAGUUGGAACGAUGGCGUCUUGCCCUUGAGAUUAAAGGAUUCAGAAUAAGUAGGAACAAGACUAAAUACAUGGAAUGUCAUUUUAGCGGCCGGGAAACAGAAUCAGAAGUGGAAGUUAGGAUUGACUCUCACGUAGUACCUAAGGUAAACAGGUUCCGAUACCUUGGCCCGGUAAUCCAGGCGGAUGAGGAGUUAGACGGGGAUGUUGGACAUCGUGUUGGAGUGGCUUGGGCCAAAUGGCGGUUGGCCUCAGGGGUGUUGUGUGACCCAAAGAUUUCACCCAGGAUGAAAGGUAAAUUCUACCGAUCUAUAGUCAGACCUGCUAUGUUAUACGGGGUAGAGUGUUGGGCGGUUAAGAAGAGUCAUGUGCUUCGUUUGCAUGCGACGGAGAUGCAGAUGUUACGAUGGAAGUGUGGGAAGACAAGGUUGGAUAGGAUUUCGAAUGAAGUUAUUCGACGUCAGAGGUGCGAGAGGAUCACGGUUAUCGGGGGAAGUAGGGGAAGGGGACCUAGGAAGAAUUGGAAGGAGGUGAUUAGGCAGGAUUUAGGACUUCUCACCCUGGCUGAGGAUAUGGCUUUGGAUAGGAACCUUUGGCGGACUAGGAUUAAAGUAGCUGGUUGAGCUGGGGGUCUCUUGGAAACAGCCUUCCUACUUCCGAGUAGGGGCAAGGUCUGCAUACACACACCCUCCCCAGACCCUACUGUAGUGGGAUUCAACUGGGUUGUUGUUGUUGAUUAUUAAAUAUUUUUGUCGCCU